UGAAUUGAUGUGGAAAGUCAAUAUCAUAGCAAUAUUGAAAGAUUUAAUCCUUGAAAAAAAAUUGAACAGUCUUUAUCCUAUUAAAGGAACUUUCUAUGGAGAUGUUCUGGUGAUUCAUGGAAUAGCAAAUUAUGUAUUACAGGAGGACUAUGAACAACUUAGAAAACAAUUUCCCAAUGUUAAAAUCUUCUUCUUAGAAAACUGUGCUCAUUGGAUUCAUUUAGAUAAAACAGAAAAGAUGUUAGAAAUAAUAAUUCAGCACCUGUUGAAAAAUUAAUUUAUGCUUAUUUUUGUAAAUAUAUUAUUG